AUGGCGAGCCCUACCGAGCUCCACCCUCACAGCCCUCAAAGCUUGCUCCCUCUCUUAGCUCUCUACCUCCCUUACAGUCUCCCAAUAUACAGCAGCAUCACAUGUGGGCCUCUAGUCUCUCCGACAGCUGCAUCACCGGAUGAUCAAGAUUCGGCGCAUGACAGCCCAUGGGAUUGGGCAUGGGCGACGUUCUCACCUUCCCAACUCGAGUGCACCGAUGUGAAGAAAGGUCGACCCGGAGCUGAGGAGACCUUGGGGAUCUUUGCAUGUCUUGUUCAAUGUGCUGGACACGGUAAAAUUCAGACUAGGGCCUUCUGUAAUGUGGAGGCGGAUGUCGAGGAUCCAAAUGUGUCUGAGGGACAACGUGAAUCAAGGAAGGACAAGGGUUUGAGCGUGUCGCAAGAUCUUGCACAGAGGUAUGUCGAGAUCUGCCCUGAUCUGCUCUUGUUGGGUGCGACGCACGAAUGGUGGACUCGGGGCGUCCAUGAAGCUCUCGGUAAAGAGGUCGUCAAUGGCAUGGCGGAUCUAUGGAUCGAACCGGAGCAGAAUCCUCAAGCGUCAUCCUCGUCCGCGGAGUCGUCAAUGGUCGAACUGCAAAGGGAGAGAUUGCUGGACGACGGCAGUCAGUAUAUCGUUGAGGAGGCCACGGAUGAAGAUUGUCAAUUGAUUCAAGAGAAGAGGGAUAUACAAGUACCUCUACCGUAUUACCUUGAGCGUAAACGGUGUAUCACAGCCAUCAGGCAUGUUCUGUGCUCCAGUCCCAAGGGCACAGACUUGGCCGGCACGGCAUCCACGGCCGAUCCAGCCGAAACCACUGGAGGAAGAGACGGUAAGACUGCCAGCUCGUUGGUGUCUAAGGCGAACAAGGCGGAAACCGUUGCACUCAUCAUGACUCACGCGGCUGGCGACCAGGGAGCCCUAUACGUUCAUCCAGAGCAUCGUCGACGGGGAUUGGCGAAAUGGAUCGUUCAGGCUAAUCUGGCCAGAGAACGGAAGCGAAGCGGCGGCCAAGUCAGAGGUCAUGUUUGGGUCAUGAGGGGAAACGAGGCGUCUGAAGCAUUAUGGAGAUCGAUGGGAUGGAAAAAGUACUGGGCGGGUCAGUGGAUCGUUUUGAGGGCGGAGGGUAUUGAAUGA